AUGCUUUCGGCAUUGGAGCCCAUCCGGUUCACGCCAAUGCAGCUGUACGAUAACGAGCGCGAAGAUCUUAUCAAACUCGCGCACGAGCAGUACAAGACGCUGUUCAAGAACGUCCGCUUCGCACAGGCGAACGGGUUCGCCACGCAGGUUCGCGCAUUCGCUCGCACAACGCGCGCCACGAUCUGCGCCGAAACGAGAAUCCGCGCCACGAUUCCCGAACUCGUCGACGUGUUCCUUGGAGACCGUACGAACGCAGCGAUCGGGUUUGCCCAGUCGCAACAGAUCUACCGGUUCCUGGCACCUUCGGAUGAGCAUCCGUACCGUAGUUGCGGGAUGCGCUGGUCUCUGUGGCACUCACCGUCGACGCUCAUCCGACAGCGAGACAUCGUCUACAUGGAAUACAUGGACACAUUUGUGGACGAACGAGGACGUCGCGGAUGGGCACGGAUGACGCAGUCGUUAGAACAUCGAAGCUGUCCGCCGCUUAUGGGGUCGCAUAAUAUCGUUCGAGCGUUCUUACAUUGCUGCGGCACGGUGUACACGGAGACGGACGAUCCGAAAGUCCUGGAAGCUGUCACGUACUACGAUGCUGAUACUCAGGGAGUGCCACCCUGGAUGACCAAGAUCGUGGCCAACCGGAAGGCCAAGAACCCGCACAACCUCGAGCAUCUUAUCCGUCUGGAACAUGUUCUGAAAGAGGGAGUGGGUCCGGAUUCAGGUGCACAGGAGAAACACCUGAACGCGAAGUUGUGUGUAGGAUGCAACACUGUACUACCGAAAUGGGGACGACACCGCAAGUGUCGAGACUGCUGUGCGCUCAUUUGUAAGAGCUGCAGCGACGUGGUGUACUGCGCGAUCCAGGGGCGAAGGAAGCUCCACCGGAUCUGUGUACACUGCGUGGACAACUUUUUGGCACGAACGAACCGGCAGUUGGAGCUCACGUUGCCGCCCAGUGUAUCGCUCCAGUCGGACGACGUAAAUGCUCAUCGGUCUUACAGCUGCGGACUUGGCUUUCAGGUUCGAACAGAGCGGAGAGAAUUCGUCAUGCCAUGUCGGACGACCGCCGCGGUGGACUUGUCGUAUUUUGAAAAACAUUAA